ACUAUUAUUUAAAUUGUUACGUCGUCAUCGGAGUAAAAACGUACGUAUUAUCAAAGAUGGAACGUGAUUUUGUUAUUGUUCGGAAUUCUAUGAUCAUACGUAUGAUCUUAUGUUAAUUCUCUAUACGAUCAAGAGAGAAUAUUAACAUCGAUACAACUUUAUGACUAUUUAGAUAUCGUGGAUUACACUGUUAUCUGGACAUUUUGGAAAACGUGAAACAAGUGUUACAUCAUUUAAGAAGAUUAUUAAGGAACAAUCAUCUGUACUACUACAAGUGAACUUGGACUAAUCGGACUAAAGUGUAGUGAUUUUGUUUUAUUAUUUUUGUUAUUAUCCGUUUUGUUAAUUGUUAUUGUUUUAUCGUAUCGUAAUUGAAUUCAAAUUCCUGACCAUUAUUAUUGCAGUUUUAUAAUAGUGAAUUAACUAUAAAAGCUGAAAAGAAUUCUUAUAUCUUGAAGACUUAAUAAAAAUUAAAAUCUACACGAAAUAAAUGAUAACAAAACUGACCACGUGCUAGCUGUUGUUUUUCAUUUAUAUAACAAUUUAUCAAAUGUCUAUAAAUUAUACAACAAAAUACAAACAAAAUUAACACAAACGAAAAAAGUAAUUCACAUUAAGCUUAAUCGAUUAAUUAAAUUGUUUCAAAUAAAUUCAGCUAAUCGAUAUAAACCGGAGGUGAUAACCAAUAAAAAACGUGACCCUUCCAACGUGAAAUUCGAAAGGGAUAUAUUACCUAUACCAAGCAAAGUGAGAAAGCACGUGCACGAGAGCGUAGCCAAUACGGGAGUGAAAUUAACUGACACAUUAUCAACUAAACAAACUUUAUUUGAGACACAGUCUCAAAAACGGCACCAAGAUUGAGCUGGACUUACAUCAACGUGCCGCCGGCCAUUAUAUGAGAGCCGGCGGUAGCAUGUGCGAUGGCUCGUUCGCAGACAGUCUUCGUAAUAUGCCGGGUAUUCCUGGAACAUCACCACCCGGUGCCGCAGGGGUCAGCCCUAUGGGGGUUGCCCUCGGCAGCCCUCUCGGUCCUGCUGGGGUCAAGAAGGCACAAGUUGAACAUAUCAAGCGACCUAUGAAUGCAUUUAUGGUUUGGUCACGACUACAACGUAGGAAGAUUGCACAAGAUAAUCCAAAGAUGCACAAUAGUGAAAUAUCUAAAAGACUUGGUGCAGAAUGGAAACUACUUUCGGAAGACGAAAAACGACCAUUCAUCGAUCAAGCGAAAAGGUUACGAGCUCAACACAUGAAAGAAUAUCCUGAUUACAAAUACAGGCCUAGAAGGAAACCUAAAACCCUACGGAAAGAAGGUUACCCUUAUAGUAUCCCUUAUCCGAGUGUACCGAUGGACGCCCUGCGAGCAGGUAUGGCAGGUAGUAUGGGACAAGCUGGAAUGGCGCCGUACUACAACCCAGCAGCAGCUUACGGAAGUAUUUCUGCAAGUAUGGCUGCUGCGGCCGCAGCAGCAGCUCAGCAGUCGGCAAUGUCUGGACUUGGUGCACCUGGACAAGUUGUCAGUUCUAUGGACGCGAUGAAAUAUUCGAUCGAGGCUGACAAAUAUCGUGGACCAUACAUGCCACCAAGCACAUUGGGCAUGUACUCCGAGGCGAAGUAUCUCGAUUCAAGUCCAAAAUACCUCGACCGUAGCUACCUGGAUUCGGCGAAGGCAUAUUUUGAGCAAUCGAAGAUUUACAUUGACCCAAAACCAUCGAUAUCCGAUUACACUAGACCAAGUUACGAACCUAACAAACUAUACGAGGAAUCAAGUCCUGGUAGCGUAACUGGUGGUGGUGGUGGUGCAAGGUCACCAGCUGCGGAUUCACCGGAUAUUAAUAAACAACACGAGAGAACGGAACAAGGAUCCUCCAGUGGUAGCUCAACGUCAACGUCAUCAGCAGCGAGUCCUGGUGCCAGUUUAUCGACUUAUUAUCCGGGUCCGGUCCAAGCAAGUGGUCUUCUAGGACCACAGAUGGGUCAAUACGGUACCUAUCAAACGACACCAGCACCAGGAAACGACUCAUUCCGGCGUCCACUCACUGUCAUCUUCUGACCCGAUAGAGCAUAGCUCUGAUCGAUUUUUGAAGAGCAAUCUACCUGAAUACAACGAGUUUGUAGCUCGAAUCAGGGUAAACGUGAUUCACGAUAAAAAAUUUACAACAAAAUUCAAUUAACUUAAGGUAAACGUGAAUCUUAUAAGAUUUUCACCACG